UUCAAACUUUGCUCUCUCACAUACAUGUACAGUAGGCCCUAGGUUUUUCGGGUUACGAUGACAAGCAGUAUCUAUAUCUCUUAGAAGAGUAAACAACGGUAUGGGUUAAUCGCUAUCUCUGGAGGAAUUGCAGUGUUACGCAGUUCAACGAAGACUACAGAAAGUACCUCAAACAUUCGUGUCAGUUUGCAUGGAGUGGAAUGCCCUGGGCGUCCGGGUGAACAGGUCUGCUACACACGGCCAACCGAAACGUUGAGUGUUUUUGCGUUUGCAGAACGAAGAAGCACAGGUCACCGCAGGACCGCGCUACGGUGAUGGAAGACGAAAAAUCGACGGAAUUAUCGGUGCCAACUGUAGAUUCGGAGUUCAAGUCCAAAGACAACCUUAGCCAUGGAAAGGCUGUCAUCGAAACAUCGUUUUCAAGCCAAGCUGAGAAUAAAAACGGCAUAAUGACGAAGGGCGACCAGGAUACCGCCAAGGCUAAUCUCCUGGACGUGGCGGCGACGUCGGAUGAAAUUGACGCUCAAGAGGCGACUGGAGACGGAGUCCCGCAAUCGGACGUUUCCGGACGAGGGACGAGAUUUUCCGAGAACAUCCGGAAAACCGUCUUCGGUUUAAUCAUAGUGAUCGGAAUUGCCGUGUCGUGGGUUGGAGCGACACAGUUUACUCAGAGCACGUAUUCCCCGGAUUUCUCUUCUGCUUCGGUGAAUGUUUGGUUUUCGACAUCGUGGAUGCUAGUCUGCUAUCCAGUUUACGUUCUCGGCGCUUCAGUGUUUCUGCCGCGGAGUCGAAGUGUGGAGGGCUUCAAAAAUCUGUACAGCGAAUCCGAGGCCGUGUUUGGUAGACGGGGUCUCUGCCUGCGCACAUUCGCCACCCUUACAGUGCCAUUCGCUGCCUGUUGGGCCGUCACCAACUAUCUGUACGUCUAUGCCCUCGGUAAGAUAGCCGCAGCCGAUGUGACCGCUCUCUUCUCCUCCAAUACAGCCUUCAUCUACAUCUUCUCGUGGCUGUGGCUCCACGAACGGCUCGUUUUGCUGCCUGCUAGGAGUGUUUCCGUUCUGAUGUCCAUUGGCGGCAUGGUCCUUAUCUCGUAUGCCGAUGGAUUUGAAGGGCCAACGGCGCUUGGAAUCAGCUUCUCCAUUGGCUCAGCGAUCGGCUCCGCUGUUUACAAGGUGUUGUUUAAGCGGUACGUCGGCAACGCCUCUUCUGGGCAGGUCUCCCUCUUUCUCAGCGUGCUGGGCAUCUUUAACAUCCUCUUCCUGUGGCCCUUUAUUAUUAUCUUUUAUUACACGGACGUGGAGACUUGGAGCUUCGACAAGAUACCCUGGGAUUAUCUCUGCGGCAGUGCCGCACUGAGCGUCGCUUUCAACUUCCUGAUUAACUUCGGCAUAGCUCUGACGUUUCCACUGUUUAUCGCCCUCGGCACCGUUGUUGGUAUUCCUCUGAAUGCAGUCGUCGACUUGAUUUUCCGUGGCAAGGAUUUCAGCAACUUCAAAAUCGGCGGGUCGGUGUUAGUCAUAGUUGGGUUCCUCAUCAUGUUGAUACCAGAAAACAUCCAGCAGAAGGCGGCGUGCUGGACGGAAGGCAGCUGUCCGUGGGAACGAAGGCGACGCGCGAGAGAGGAUUUACGGGCUGAUGACGCUGGUGUCGACAACCACGGUGCCAUCGAUGCGGUCGAAACAAAGUGUCCGGAAAUGGAUGAAGUUUCUGUGCAAGUGGACAUACAGCCGUAAAUGGAAUAUCCAGUUUGUGAAAUGACUGCUAUCUAACGCCAUGCCGUUUCAAUACCGAUGAUCAAAAGUUCUGGAAAGGAUACGAUGGGUACUCAUAUUUUGUUCACAGAUGCAGAAAAUGUUUAACAGUUGAAAUGGUCAUACAGGCAAACAUCAAUUACUAAACCCGACUUCAGUUUAGUGGGUGUUCGACAACAUUCCAUUAAACCUUUUCGAGGUAUAUUUGCACAGUAAACGAAGAACAAUGAAUGGACAUAAAGAAUGCAGAAACCUACCUUGAUUGGUUUGUAAACAUGUAUGCAAACGAAUUGUUAUGCCUUGUUUACACUUAAAUUCCUGAGCUAAAGUAACAAAUAUUAAAACUCAGACAAUAAAAAUUAAUCAAAGUGAGCGUUGCUUCCUAUAAACUGCACGGAACAUUACGCAUUUGACACAAAAUUGAUACUAAAAGGCUUCAACGAAAUUUGCAAAAAAUCGCUUAUUACUAUACAUGUACUUAAAAUUUUCACCUCUAAGGGUGAACUGAAAUCAUGAUAUCCUUGAGGAAUUAAGACAAAUAUUUUGCAAGCAUUUGCUAUAUCUAUCGAUGUGUUGCCACUGAUGACCAGGGUUCGAGUCUCUCCUGAGCCGAUACGUCUCAAAAAUAUCAUCUUUCCAAAUGUACAGCAUGCAAGUUACAUCGUAAAUUUAUAGAUAUUUAUUCGUGCCAUUUGUUAUAUUCGUCCUUGCGCUCAACCUCUUAUGAACAAUACAGUGUAUACAUAUAUUAAACCACACAGAGCUGUACAUAUAUGUUUUACUUGCAUGAAGAUUGAGUUCGAUUAAUGAAUUUCUGCUGCUUUUGUUUUGUAGUUACAGUGUAAGAAUGAGCUGGUUCUAUGCACUUGGGAUUUCAGUGCACGUUUUUUCUGUUUCGCUGCAGACAUAUGUAUGCGCAAAACCACGCAAUAAACAUUUAUCGCUUUACA